CGUUUUUGGCAUUAUGCCACCACAUUCGUUCAACAGACAUCAAUUUAGAGAUGCUGUUCUCCUUCUUUCCAUCGCAUUCCCAGCUCUGUCUGCUGCCAGCGGACCAGGAGUCUGCGAUGACCCUAACUUCGGUUCUGACAUCCUUCGAUUCGAGCUGAGUUCCAACCCGUGGACCUCGGACUCCUCCCUCUCCUCUCAGCGUGGUACAUAUCUCUGGAUCGGUGUGCAAUAUGAAGGAGGGUCACAGAAGCCCCCAGGGCAACCAUACCCCCUAGUUGCGGCACUCUCGACUGCCUACAAUCAGACAUACAUCGCUACGACAUCAACUGGUUCCAAAGAUGCGCCUUGUCCCAAUAGCUUCAGUUACGAUGAAAAUUAUGAUCCGAAGAGCUGGGAUAAUAAGUACACCUUCGACCCGUCGUUCACCUGCCACGGAUACUACGACCUCGAAACCUCGGCGCCGAUUUACCUCGAAACUUCAUCGAAUUUCACGGGCUCACCCGAGAACGCUCUCACGACCGCAGCUGUGAAAGAUGCAGAUGUCAAGUAUGGUACCGCUUACACGAACUUAGUUCUGCCACAGCAUUACUACUCGUCCAGUGUUAAAGGGCAAAUAUUCGGCUCAAUCUCCCAUUACGACUCGUUCGGAAGCAAUGCUACUGCAGGAAAGGGCGCAAUGCUGGGAUUCGUGGAUACAAGUGAGCAGCAAGUGCUAGGACUGGGCCUGAACUCCACGUUCAUGAAAUACGUCUACGAGAGUGGCAGAACUGCAUCUCGGUCUAUUGGGCUGUACUACGGAGUGCCAGCUGCAGCUGGUCCGGAACUCGAGCGGAAUGGUACCAUGAUAUUGGGCGGCUAUUCCAAAAGUCGAGUACAGGGCGAUCUUCUGGAGGAAACCUACCCAGUUGGAGCAUUCAAAUUAGCUAGACAGUGUCCAUGGGAGGUAGAGGUGGCAUCCAUGGCUGUCUCGGGUCAAGAAAUCAGCAAAUCCACCUUCACAGCAUGUGUCGAACCUCAAGAAGCUGCGCUUGUCCUUCCUCAGUCCGUCUACCAAAGUCUCCAAGGCUCAGAUUCCCCCGAGAUAACAAUCACACUCUCCAAUGGUCUCAAAAUCACCGUACCCUCCAACCUCGUAUCUUUCCGUAAAGAGACAGACGCAGAUAAAUCACCUAUUCUUGGAGCGCCGUUUCUGAGCCAGGUCUACGUCUUCGCGGAUUACCAAACCAGGACUCUGAGUGUUGGGCUGGCGAAUAAUACGUUGGCCUAUACAGAGGGGCCAGACGAGUUACAAUGUGUAUCGCAUAAUGUAACGGAUGGGGAUCUGGGAUGGGCCAUCGGUAGCCAAGCAGCGUACGAAGCUUCGAUGACUUCCUCAAGUUCUCCUUCUGCCACUGCUACUGGUGAAGGUAAGAAGAAUGGAGGAGUUAGACUGAGUACUAGUGUGGGCUUGUGUAUGUUGGUUGCGACUCUAAGACUUGGAUUGCUUUUAUAAGAUCUGAUACCCUGUGACGUCCAUAAUGUGUACAGAAUGUGUAUGAUACCAUAGACCUGAAUGGAGCAGAUGCUCUUCCAUGUUGGAGCUUGUCCUGCAAUGCACAGCUACGAACGAUUUGUUUACAACAGCCUCGCCUGAAGAUGUGAGUGGAUGGCUAUGCCAAUGAGUGCAGAGAAGAUAUUACAGUGACGUAGGGUCCGAGCAGGUCCUUGAGUAGGAUACUCUAAAAUGUUUGCCUCGAUGUUUCUAGAUUCUGCGAAGUGGUCAUUUGGCCAACAUUUCCAUAAGACUGAGUGGACUGGGAAUCUCUUCUAGCAGGGCAAGAACGAUAUGAGCAUUUGCAUGGUAGAGAAGUCUAUUCUAGCAUGCAGUGCUUGUUGAUUUAAUACCAUAAAUGUUCUCCAAUGCUCAAGAGCACCUCACGUCCGUAUGGUAACAUGUCCGUAUUUUCGAGAGUCUGAUAUCAAGUCACCAUCAGGUCGUAUGGAGUGGCUAGAUGCUGCUCCCAUUCAUAGCCUAGGUAGCAGGAUCAUUAGGAGGAUUGUCUGCCUAUGGUUCUGCACGUCAAACUAGGUGCUAAGUUAGCUGCUCUCAUGUCUCGGCGGGUAAGCGAACUUCACGAUCACACCUCAGCUCAUCAGCUCAUCAGGACUAAUCACGAAUCGACUGACUACCCAAUAAUUUCACCUUCGUGACAACAAUGAUACAAUUCCCUGACCCAGCUAGGAUUUACUGGACCCCGACAAAUCUCCAUUUCCUGAUUUGUAGUGCGCCAGAAAAAUUCCAUUUCUGUCUCCAGUAGUCUGACUUGCCAAUAGCGUCCCUGACGUCCAAGUCUCUGCCGGUGCCAGUCUUCCCGUCCUUGGAUUUGUUUUCUCCGACUUUCUGUGCCAUCCUUUCACCAUCCCCAUAGCUUGGCUAAACUCUACUUAUUGACUCCAGAACCCGAAUUUCGGGAUUCCAGGAAGUCCUUUCAGAUCCAGACCCAGAUCGACCGCCGCUUCGGUUAAGCCCGAGACUACAGCGUAACCAGUUUACCACCGGCACCAGCACCAACACUAAGUAACUUUCUAGUAAUACCAAGCCAAACUAAACUAACCUGAAAGAUUGCACCGGACCAGUCUGCUGGGUAAAGGCCGGAGCUUGGUAGCUGGGAUCAUGGGGUAAGUAUGGUUGCCAACUCUGAGUCUCUGACUCGUUUGGCGAGACGCAGUCGGACUUUACUGCUUGGAGUGGUGCUGGAUGAAUCUAGAAUCGACGGCUGGUGCAGAGUAGGUGACAAUUCAGACUCGCAAUUGUUUGUAGGUCUAGAUGUGAAUAGAUUUACAAGUUGAAUACAGAGCUGCUCGGUGAGAAUAUAUGGGGGACGAAUGGGCAAGAGCUGGAGUGGACAGUUGGAUCUGAUACGGGGUUGCAUUCCGAUUUGUUACGUUCAACUGCUUCAACAUCGUUGCUGGAGAGACUCUCAUCGUACUCGGCACUCGUCCAACCAUUAACUUCUCAUGCUCUAGAAAGUUCACGGAGCGUAAUUGUAUGGUAUCCAACAAGGGAAGACGUCUCGAACAUGAUGCCUUCUUGUCGCAUUCGAGGGGGUUGCGCUCUAUCGUGUCGGGGAAUGGUAGUGCUAGUUGAUAUUUGUUAGCCCAAGCUAAUGAAAGAUGAAACGUAUUUCUACUUGGCUUGUCAACCCGUUCCCAGGCCAGGUAGGCAAGUUAUCUGACCUGGAAAGCGGGAAGCUGCCCGAGAAUGUACUGGCGCUGCAGAAACACGGACGGCAUGACGCCAGCUUCACUGUGGCUUCGAAUAGCUCACCCGAAUCGCGAGAGUUGUAACGGUUUCUGCACCGCUUGCAAACGCAUCUAGGAGUAGCUUCUCUCGAAGAGCCUUGUCGUAAGUAAGCCAAUAGAACAUUCGAUAAGCGGAAUGGGAGGGAAGAACAAGGGGCAGAAGUUCUGGUCAAGUCUUGAUAUCUUGGAGCCGAUGAGCUUCUCCUCUGUAGUGCAUCUUGGGUGUGUUAGAGUGCCAGACCGACGGGUAGAGUGAUUUGGAGAAUCGGGUCUCGAUUGCGCGUGAUAACGGAUUUGAGAUUAAUCGUUGCUUUUGCAAAAUUGUGCUUCUUGACACCAGCAUGAGGCCGUGCUGUACACGGCAUUCACAGUUCAAGGACUAGAGACGUAUCAGUAGGAAAUGGUAGCUGGAGUUUUCAACAAUUGAUCUUGUUGAUCGGGGUUUUGCUCAAGCCUCGAAGCACAACUCCAGGAACGAAGUCCAGAGGCGCUUGUCAACAGUUGACGCUUCGGUUGGCGUAUGAACUGUGGAUGCUGAGGCGUGUCCUGUGAGUGUGUCGAUGGCUUCUGGGUGCUGUGCAGUGGAGAAGGGUACUUUGUGUGUAAUAUUCGUCUGGUGGGUUACUGCUCGAAUAGUGUGUUUAGUGAAGAACAAUCACAACGACGCUCGCCUUGUAGGAAGAAAGGCUAUGUGUCAGGGUAUUCUGCCGUAAGACGAUGGAAAGUACGCCGGAAAGCAAACUUUUGCUGUGGAAAUAGUCUUGGGCUCUAGAUCCAAGGCUGUGGGUUGGAAAGCCCCCCUUUCCUCUUUCCUGCUUCAAAGAACAAGACCGUGAGAUUUGCGAGAAGGAAAGAAGUGUCUUGGCCCGGCAGUCCCAAGGAUCAUGUAAACAACACAUUCAGCGUGACCGGAGCAUUCUACGCGAGACAAUAAAACCAAGUCGAGUGCCCAAGCAAUAAUCAACUUAUAAUCAUU